UUGAAAAGAAACGUCCACGUCAGAAAUUAUAAAAAUGCCAACUUUAUUUCUCGUUCACAUUUGGCACUUCAACACAGGUAUAAAUACCGUCGUGUGUCCUCGAGAAUUUACACACGAAAGUUAGUUAGCAAACCAAGCAGCACACAUGGAGAAACAGAGCAUCACAAACACUUCUUCAACAUUUUCUUGGAUUCGAGGUUCUUACAUCGGAAGAGGAUGUUUCGGAACAGUAAGCAAAGCCGUGAGCAAAAUCGACGGUAGAGUGUUCGCCGUGAAGUCGGUAGACCUCGCCGCGUGUCUUCCUUCUCAAUCCGAGUCCCUCGAUAACGAAAUCGCAAUCCUCCGCUCUCUCAAGCCCCACCCGCACAUCGUGACGUUCCUCGGAGACGACGUGUCUAAAGAAGGGACGACGACGUUUCGGAACCUCCACUUGGAGUAUUUACACGAAGGUGACGUGGCUAACGGUGGAACCAUCGUUAACGAAACGCUCCUCCGCCGUUACGUUUGGUGCCUCGUCUCCGCUCUCCGUCACGUUCACUCUAACGGAAUCGUCCACUGCGACGUGAAAGCGAAGAACGUCCUCGUCGCUGACGGAGGAAGCUCCGUUAAGCUGGCGGACUUCGGAUCGGCGGUCGAGUUGGAGAAACCGACGGUUGCGAUCGCGCCGCGUGGCAGCCCGCUCUGGAUGGCUCCGGAGGUUGUUAGGAGAGAUUAUCAAGGACCGGAGAGUGACGUGUGGUCUCUCGGCUGUACGGUCAUCGAGAUGCUCACCGGAAAGCCAGCGUGGGAAGAUAACGGUUUCGAGUCGCUGAGUCGAAUCGGGUUUUCGAGCGAGUUGCCGUUUAUUCCGGCUGGAGUCUCCGAGCUCGGCCGCGAUUUCUUGGAGAAAUGCUUGAGACGAGAUCGGAGUCAGAGGUGGAGCUGCGAUCAGCUUCUCUAUCAUCCGUUUCUACGUCAAGAUCAGCACUCGUUUUUAACUACCGAGUCGUCUCCGCGUUGCGUAUUGGACUGGGUCAGUUCCGAGUUCGAGGAAGAAGAAGAAGAGAGCGAUCUGUCUAGAGAUACGGUUUCAGCGGUGGCAAGGAUAAGUAAAUUAGCGACGAGGGAAGGGGCAAUUUGGGAAUCAGAUGGUUGGAUUGAGGUUAGAAGCGACGCUUCCGAAGAGUUAGCGGCAAAAUGGGAAUAUCCGGUUUCAGCAAGGGCAGAAUUGCAAUUAAACAUAUCAACGGUGUCUACUGAUGAUUCUGUUUCACCGUCGGGAAGUGAAGAAUCGGCGUCGGUGGUGACGUGUGAUCUUAUGUUGGUGUUGUUAUUGGUGGUAGAGGAUAUUCAAAUAUAUGCCACGUUUUACAUUAAUAUUAUUGUUCGUAUGCUAUGUUGUUGUUGUUGUUAUUAUCAUCAAAGUAAUAAUAAGAAAUUUGCGGAAACAAUCUCUUUCAUUCUCAGCCUUAACUUUUUGUUCGGUAUUGCAUGUGAUUCGGAUCGGUCUAUCUGUCUCGUUUACGUGGUGAGAUGA